CGUGUGCAGUACUCUGUCAUGGGAAUCAAUUAAACCUGUUGCACAAGCAAGAAUUAUACAGUUAAAACUUUGAGCAAUAUAGUAAGGGUAAUCAUGGUUUUGUUAUCAGAAAGCAAAUAUUCUACAAAUUUGUGCAAUCAUGGAUUUGUCAGCUAUUUCCUCUGUUGUCCAGACGAUUGGCGGGCUGCUAACUCAGGAAGUGACAUCCUUGUGGGGCGUGAAGGAUCAAGUUGAGGAUUUGCAAAGGGAGCUGAUAUGGAUGCAAAGCUUCUUAAAAGAGUCAGAUGCAAGAAAAGCUGCUGAUAAUGAGGUGGUACGCACCAGUGUUGCUGAAAUCAGAGGGCUGGCCUAUGAUGCUGAAGAUAUCAUUGAGACUUUCGCUCUCAAAGUUGCACCCCAAAGGAAAUAUGUCAUAAAAAGGGCUGUUUGUAUCCUGAAGGAGGGAUGGUUGCUCUGCCAAACGAAGUCAGAGAUAGAGAAAAUCACAGCCAAAAUCACAAAACGGAAACAACGACUACAGACAUAUGAUGUUAAAAAAUCAGGGGAUGAAGGAGCGUCAAGUUCUUCAAAAGAAAGGCUGGAGUCAAGGCGGCCUUAUCCUCAUAUUAUUGAUGAUAAUAUUGUUGGAUUGGACGAGGAUAUCAAGAAAUUGGUGUCAGUUCUUGUUGAUGAGGAAAGCCGUUUCAGGGUUGUUUCCAUAUGGGGAAUGGGUGGUCUGGGGAAGACCACUCUUGCUAAGAAAAUAUACCGUCAUAGCCAGGUUAUUGGUCAUUUCAGUCGCUUGGCUUGGGUAUAUGUUUCUCAACAGUGCCAUAAAAGAAAAGUGUGGGAAGACAUUUUAUCCAGCCUUACCUCCAUCAAUGAGAGAGGUAGCAAGCAGAGUGAUGAAGAAUUAGCAGAGAAGUUGUCUAACUUCAUGAAGGAUCACAAAUGUUUGGUUGUACUUGAUGAUAUUUGGAGCAUCCAGGCUUGGGAUAAUCUACGACCUGCUUUUCCAGAAAGGGAGACGAGUAGCAAGUUAUUGCUCACCUCUCGCAACAAAGAAGUAGCUUCACAUGCAGAUAGCAGAGGUUACUUGCAUGAAUUGCAAUGCUUAAAUGAUGAAGAAAGCUGGGAAUUAUUUCAAAAGAUAGCAUUUCCUGAAACAGAUCCUACAGAUUAUAGAGUUGAUGAACGAAAGAAUGAGUUAGGGAAAAGCAUGGUUAAACAUUGUGCAGGGUUACCAUUAGCCAUCAUUGUGUUGGGAGGAAUUUUGGCUACAAAGAAUACAUUCGCUGAAUGGCGAAUGGUGUUUAACAAUGUUAAGUUUCACUUGAACAGAGGCAAAGGUCAAAGUACGGAGGAGGUGUUAGCCUUAAGUUAUGAUGAUUUGCCACCCCAUUUAAGACCAUGUUUCCUUUAUUUGAGUCAUUUUCCAGAGGAUUAUGAGAUACAUGCAAAAAGAUUGAUUCAGUUAUGGGUUGCUGAAGGUAUUGUUUCAUCAAAGCAAGAAGAAGGAAAUGAAGGGGAAAUGAUUGAACAUGUGGCAGAACGUUACUUAAUUGAGCUUGUAGAAAGGUGCAUGAUUCAAGUUGAAGAAAGGGACGCAACCUUCAAAAUCAAAACGCUUCACAUGCAUGAUCUCAUGAGAGAUCUUUGCUUGUCAAAGGCAAAACAGGAAAAUUUUCUCUUCAUAAUGGAUGAAUCAUUUAUGCAUUCGCAUGGCCCUAAUGUUUUGCCAUUUAUCCGCAGAGUUGCUGCACAUCAUUUUUUUCUGAUAAAGCGCAUUAAAUGUCCCCACCUUCGAUCACUUUUGAUUUUUAAUGAGUUCUUUCCACUGGAGUCACUUUUUUCAAGCUCUGUGCCCCUGAGAAUACUGGAAAAUUGCGAUGAUAAGUGGUGCGAUAAUUCUUGCUUUGAACUGCUUCCCAUUGUGGAACCUUUGGUGUUCAUAUUAUAUUUAUCUAAAAUGGGGGGAAUUUGGACAUACAUUUUGAACAAUUUCAAAUUGCUUAGAGUCCUAAACUUUGAAGGACAAGAGAGCCCAGCAGGAUGCAAGCUUCCCACUGAUAUAGGUAAUCUCAUCCAUUUGAGAUUCUUGUGUUUACGGCGUCUUGUCUUCUAUAGCUCAAAGUUGCCAUCAUCUCUAGGCAAUCUAAGGUGCUUGCAAACCUUGGAUUUAAGAGUUGAAAAUUUCAAAUUCAAACCUAUUCAUGUACCUAAUGUGAUAUGGAGGAUGGAACAACUAAGACAUUUGUAUCUCCCUCAGGAAUUUGAUCGUAAAACAAAGUUGAAGUUGGGUACGUUGAGAAAACUUCAAACACUUGUGAAUUUCAGCACGAGGAGUUGUUAUGUAGAAGAUCUUCUCAACAUGACAAAUCUUAGCGAGUUGGAGAUUUGUUUGCCUUUCGAUAUUAAAGAUUUUAAGGUGGAUUUGGAAAUGAAUCCGCGAAUCUUGGCAAGCAAAUGCCUUCGAUCCUUAUCCAUUAGGAGUAAUGAUUUUCGUCAAGGAAUAGAUCCAAGACAUUUAGCACACCUCCUUUCAAGCUGUCUUAAUAUUUGUGAGUUGAGUUUAAGGGUAAAGAUAGGGAAGUUACCAGAGUACCACCACUUCUCUGCAGAUAUUGCUUAUAUACACUUGCGUAAGUCUGACCUUGAGGAAGAUCCAAUGCCAACAUUAGAGAAGCUGCCUAACUUAAGGAUUCUCGAGUUACAAUCCGAAGCUUUCACGGGGAAAGAAAUGGUUUGCUCUGCACAAUGUUUUCCUAAACUUGAAUCUCUAAGCUUGACAUGGCUUUCCAAUUUGGAGGAGUGGAAGGUGAAUAAAGGAGCCAUGCCUAAUCUACGAUAUUUGAGGAUCGCAGAGUGCCCAAGUCUGAAGAAGCUUCCAGACGAAUUGAGGUUCAUUACAACCCUCAAAGAAUUGAAGAUUAAAUCAAUGCCAAAAGCCUUCAAAGAUACAUUGGUGGAAGGAGGAGAAGAUUUCUACAAAGUCCAACAUGUUCCUUCUAUCAUAGUUCAAAACUGGUCGUCCUAGUAAUUAUGAUCGUUGCCAGGUAACUUUACAAUAUUCUAA